AUGGCUCUCAACGUCCCAGGUCUGGUCGCCACCAUCGUCUUCUACGCGCUGGUCCUCGGGAUCGGCAUCUGGGCGUCCUUCAGGUCCAAGAGGGAUGAAAGCAGGACGCAGGCGAACCAUGCGGACAUGGCCCUGCUGGGGAACAGAGACAUCAGCCUGGUCAUGGGGAUCUUCACCACUACCGCUACCUGGGUUGGCGGGACCUUCAUCAUCGGCACAGCUGAGACGGUGUACGAUCCAAAGUUUGGGCUGAUUUGGGCCGUGAUGCCGCUGGCAGCAACGUUGGCCUUCACUGUUGGUGGUCUUUUCUUUGCUGAGCCGAUGAGAGACAGGAAGUACGUGACCAUGAUGGACCCUUUCCAGAUCAAGUACGGAACCAGACUGAGUGGACUUCUCUCUGUGGCACCAUUGCUGUCAGAAAUCAUUUGGGUGACAUCAACUCUGAUCAGCUUGGGCGUAACCAUGAGCGUGAUCCUGGAUUUGUCCUACGCUGUGUGCAUCUGGAUCUCUGCUGCUGUGGCCAUCACCUACACGCUGCUGGGAGGUCUCUACUCUGUGGCCUACACAGACGUCAUACAGCUCACUCUCAUAUUUUUCACCUCGUGGCUGUGCGUCCCGUUCCUCCUCAUGAGUCCCACCUCCGUUGACAUCACCACCACAUCCUUCAACCACACCUACCAGGCUCCCUGGGUCGGCACGCUGACUGCAGACAGAGCCUGGCUGUGGAUCGAUAUCUUCCUGCUACUGAGUAUAGGAGACCUGGGUUUCCAGGACUUCCACCAGAGGACGUUGUCAGCCUCUUCAUCAGCCACAGCUAAGUUGAGAUGUUACGCUGCAGCGUUUCUCAUCCCCACGUUUGGGAUUCCUCCUGUGCUCAUCGGGGCAGUGGCUGCAUCUACAGACUGGAACCUGACCUCGUACGGUUCUCCGCCUCCGUUUGAACGAGGUCAGACCGGUUUGAUUUUACCCCUCUCCCUGCAGCACCUGACCCCGCCCGCCGUCUCCGUCAUCGGCAUCGGAGCGGUGGCUGCCGCCGUGAUGUCGUCCACCGACUCCGCCCUGCUGUCUGCAGCCUCCAUCUUCACCUCAAAUAUCUACACGAAGAUCCUGAGGACCAAGGCGUCAGAGAAUGAGAUCAAAUGGGUGAUUCGUAUCGCCGUGGUUUUCUUCGGCCUGGCCGGUACGUCGCUCACCUUCCUGCACACGGGCGUCAUGGCCUUCUGGGUCCUGGGUGGAGAAAUUGCCUACAUUAUGAUGUUCCCGCAGCUGGUCUGCGUGCUUUUCUUCGACAUAUCCAACGGUUACGGCGCCACCGUGGGCUUCCUGUUUGGGUUCCUUUUAAGACUUUUGUGCGGGGAGCCCCUGCUAACGCUGCCACCUGCCAUCCAUUUCCCAGGAUGCACCCUUGAAGACGGUGUUUACGUUCAGUAUUCCCCUAUCAGGACCAUCUGUAUGCUGGUGGCUUUUGUCACCAUAUUGCUGGUCUCCUACCUGGCGUCUCUGCUCUUCAACAAAGGACUCAUACCUGAGAAGUGGGACGUGUUUCAAGUUAAAGUUCUGCCGCAAACACAAACAACAGCAGAUGGCGCCAGCAUCAAUGAAAACCACAACACAAAACCUCUGUGUGAGGACGGUGGAGUCUCAGAUCCAAUGUUGGAAUCAACAUGUUGAUUAAUAUUAACUGAACACUAAACACGGUAUUACCUCUCCUACCAACAUAAAGCUCUUUAAGAUAGUUUUUUUAAAUGACAUGAUGAAACAAAUGAUUCCAUGUUUCUCUGAAUCAAUUGGAGGAACCAGAGGAUUAACUUAUUUGUGUCUUGUGGAGAAUAAUAAAGGUGCAGCAACCUCUGAAAAGUGAAGCCAAUGCUGAAGUGCCUUAAACGUGUAUUCUUUCUAAUAGCCAGCAGGGGGCGACUCCUCUGGUUCCAAAAAGAAGUCUGAUUAUAUAGAA